GAUAGCCAGGCUAUUUUUGCACCAACGGACCAACGCGACAAAAAUCCGAAAAAUAUAAUCAGUCUGUUGUGCACCAGCAAACACAAUGUGUGCGAUUUGUGCUCUGUUCGCUGAGAAAAAUGUUGAUUUGCGGCUGAUGGAAAAUUUCACCGACUGCUUUUGGAAGCUGAAACACAGAGGACCGCAUGGAUUCAGGUUCGAGAAACUGGGUCAAAGUGGAAUUCUUGGCUAUCACCGUCUCGAGCUUGGCGCCAGUUUCAACUCGAGCAUCAUGCAGCCUCUGCAUUACGAUAGAAGACAGUACCAUCUAAUCUGCAAUGGCGACAUCUACAAUUGGAAAGAUCUGGACGUGUACAACCCCAAAUCAGUGCAUUGCGACGUGCAGAUAAUUUUCCCGCUUUACGAAACGCACUCGAACGACCUGGGCAAGUUCGCGUCCGCUCUGGACGGAGUGUUCGCCUUCUGUCUGGUCGACCUGGAGCUGCGACGCAUCCUGCUCGGCCGGGACGUCUAUGGAGUGAGGCCUCUGUACAGGCUGACGGGGCCGCCGGGAUUCCUGGCCGUGGCGUCCGAGGAGCAGGCGCUGCUGCCGCUCAUCGACAAGAACCACCUCGAGUGGACUUUGGAGGUCGUCCCGCCGGGACAGAUCCAAGAGUACGCCCUCACCGAUCAGGGCGGCGCCGUCUUCCAAGAAUCUGUCGACUACCAUGGCGCCAUAAAGAUGUCUCCAGAAAUUAUUGGGGACCCGAGCAAACUGCUCAAAAUACUCAAGAGCACGGUCUCGAAAAUGGCCAGGCCGGACUCAAAGAGGGUCGCCUGCAUCGUGGACGCGACUGUGUCGUCGUGGCUGCUGGCGGCCGUCUUAAACGGAACUUUCCCAAGUGGAAUUAAGAUAUUUUACGACUUUGAAAGCAUUGGGAUGUGCAAAAACCUGCGUGUCUACUCGAAACUGUUGAGGACGCACAGUUGGAUCUCCGUUCACACCCAACCGCUCCGCGAGCCGAGCGAUGAGGCCUGCGCGGCCAGACUGAGAGGAAUAACCUACGACUGCCACUCUGAUGAGUCAAAAAACCUGUGUCGGCUAGCGUACUUCAUAGCGCAAAAGUACACCGAUGUUGCCGUUUUAUUCACAAACUGCAGUUUGGCCAAAGGGAGCAAAGUUCUGCAGGCGCACGACCUCGCCACUUCAAUGCACGGCUUGGAAAUCAGAGUGCCUCUGAUGGACUUCAGAUUCGAGCAACUGAUCUCUGCGUACGAAUCGAAUUCGAAAAUGAGCAAAUGUGAAAUAUUUCAAGAGCUGCUUGACAUUUCUAACACUUAAAGCUACAUAUUUUUGAA